AUGACAUGUAAGGAAGUGGUGUAUUGGCCACGACACUUGUGGACACUUGACGCUGCAUCGUCGUCCACUGUACUUUGCCGACGUUUAUCCUACGAUAGUAAUGCUCUAUGUGCUGUAUCAUUGGAUGCAAAGGCUUCGAUUGGUCUUGAAUUGCUACCUAUUAAGGCCUUAAAAUCCCGUCUCAUCAUCUUGUUUGAUGCCCAUGUGGCAGCUCUUGGAAACUUUACGAUGCAUCAUUCUCCGCAACUUUUACAACAGAUUGGAGAACAAUUUGUCAGUUUUGAUAAGCAUAAUGACGACGACAAGGAAUCUGCUGAUGAUUAUAUGGAUGGGACAAUUGGAUGGCUACUGGAGACUGUAGGAUACUAUUUGAUUUACGUACCAUUUGCACCACUUCUAGCAGUGACAACAACUAUUCAGCAUCUUGUACAAGACAUGAAGAUGCCAUCGUGGCUUCUUGUUGGUAGUGGAGAUAGUUUGGCGGAAAUUUCGACAUUUACGGCAGUGCUGUCUUAUCAACUACACAAUGCAGCAAGUCUACCGAAACGUCUGCGGCGGUUUUACCUUUUACGUAAGCAGCGAGGGCUGUCACAUCGAGAACGACUGGAACUACUGCAAGUUCUUGAUUGGAUAUGUUUUGUGCUUCUUGACAUGGUGCUGGGACAGGUAGCGCUGACGUACUUGGGUGGCAUUGUUACUCCAAUCUUUCACACCACCAGCAUUUCUCCGAUUGUAGUCGUGAAGUUCUUACGUGACAACGUGGAGUGGCUGAUGGGCGCCCCCGCGGGCUUUAAGCUAAAUAAGCCGCUCGCUUCGAUAUUCGGCAAUGGCAUCCUCCUGUGGCUGAACCUGUGGAGCUUUAUCUUUGACGAACUUGUACCUUUGGUAAGCAAUGAGAGUAUAGGACAUUGGCUCUUGCACAUAUGUGGGCACAUGGGUGUGACACUGCAGUUGACGCUAGUGCUCGAUCUGCUAAGCCUGACUACUUGGCACUCGCAUUGGAUCUAUCUCUAUUUUGCCAAACUGAACCGCCUGCAAUUUGGGUUGUUUUCAUCACUGUCAAAGCUUUUUUUGGGCAAAAAGAUCAAUGUGUUGCGUCACCGUGUGGACACGUGUGAAUACGAUGUCGGACAGCUCCUGCUAGGCACUCUACUCUUCACCAUUUUGGUUUUCCUCGUGACGACCAAUUUAGUGUUCUUUGUAUUCUUUGCAGGCGUGCGAGGCAGUAUCCUACUUGCGUCGUUGUUGCUAUGGGUGCCAGUCGUGGCAUUGAGUUCCCUUCCACUCGCUUCGCUUUUGCAUCGUGUGUGGCAUCCGCGCCUCUUCGUUGUCGGAAUGCAACUUCAAGCAAGCCAGGAUUCAGCAGCUGAUUGUAUUGUAAUCGAAAGUGUUGGUGUGGGUCAUCAAUCGCCACAGUUAGAGACCCAGCACCGGCUUAAGCUUCAGCGAGCACUCGUGUUGUGGAAAACCAGCAAGCGAUGUGACAGUCAAAACACCAUUUUUGAGCUCGUUCCGGUUGCAUCCAGUGUUUUGGCCCAAUUUACCAGAUUCCGUGCGUACUUGACCGACGUGAGUGCACGUUACUCGCUGGCUGUCAUCGCAAAAGCUUGUCUGUUCGGUAGCGCCGAGAUUGCCAGAGUCCCGUUAAGCAUUUUCUUUGAAUACAAAGCUACUUCAUGUGUCCCCCCCUCACCAUGGCCGCUUCAUGUGUUACUACUAUUGCUCUUAAUCAAACAAUACGUCUGUAAAACUCUACCGGCUCAGACUGAUAGUAUACCAUCGCUGAAUGAUUUGAAUGAUGAGGACUACACGCGUCUGCGUAACUGUCCGUGUCCAAGUAGCAGUGAUGAGCUCAGUUCCUCGUCGCUAUGUCUUCCAGUGGAUUUUACUGGCAAAAAGUAUCGAAAGGAGGUUUUUGCCUUCUCCGUGACAACGACGGACCGCUGGAAACUCUACGACUGGGAAAAACUCACGACGGUCGCUUGGAACGAGGACAAGCAAUUACUCUGUCAUGCACACAGCAAGGGCGUGAAAGUGGUCGUGAAACAUAAUUUUGAUGACGUGGAUCAAUUGUGUAACAGUACAACACGACAAGCCUGGAUCAAGGCAACGUACUCUAAGAUUGUAGAGAACUACGCUGACGGGGUCAAUAUUGACACUGAGAAGCCCAUGCACGGCGCUACUUCGCAUUGCCUUGGAUUACUUGUGCAAGAGCUCCGCAGCGAGCUAGAGCGGCACGUACUCACAAAGAAUGCACAGAUCACGUUUGACGUUCCGUGGGCCCCUCGUGGUGUGGAUGGUCGCUAUUAUCCAUGGCACGAGCUCAGUAUUGCCGCGGAUUUCUUGUUCGUCAUGUCGUAUGAUAUGCGUAGUCAAGUGUAUGAUGCGUGCAUUGCUGGCGCCAAUUCGCCAUUGGCACUCGUCAAACAAGGGUUGCAAGAGUUUCUACUUGCGUACGACGUCAUACCGGACAAGCUGGUGCUUGGGGUACCAUGGUACGGUUAUCUCUACCGGUGCCUGGACCAGGCAACAGGUGCAACUGACGACACUUCGUGGUGUCAAAUUCAACCGGUGCCUUUCUUCGGUGCCCCUUGCAGUGACGCGGCCGGUCGACAAGUCGACUACGGUGAUAUCCAACAAAUGGUGAAGAGCAACGGCCUCGUCGAGCAAUGGGACCCCUUGACUCAGACCCCAUUUGUUUGGUUUUCACCGGAGGGGCAACGGUCACAAAUUUGGUUUGAUAACCCGCGCAGCUUGACAGCAAAGUAUGCACUUGUUCGUGAGCUCGGAUUGCGAGGCGUAGGCAUGUGGAAUGCCGAUACGUUGGAUUACUUUUCAGUCAACGCGAGUCAAUUAAUGUGGGCGUCAUUGGAAGAGGCAUUUACUGAGCAGCAGUAUUCCUAUUGA